CGCUCUACUAUGUCAUUUCUUUUUCUCUUUCUUUCUUUACACAAUGGCAAAAGUGUAUAUAAAAAAGUCAUAUUCCCCAUCAGCCUUCUGUCCUCCUUCGUCCAAGGAGACCUCUAUUCCAGUACCACAACCCUUCUAUUACAAUUAAGUAGAGAGAUUUUGUACUGAGCUGAAGAAACAGAGAGCAAGAAUAGAAAUGGGUCUUGCUCCUUUGUUCAUCCUCUGUUUCUUAGUUUCUAUUUCAAGUGCAGAGAUCUCAGGCAAGGCUGGGAUAAACUAUGGUCAGCUGGGGAACAAUCUACCAUCACCAUCAGAGUCCGUGAAACUAAUCCAAUCUCUGAAAGCUAAACGGGUCAAAAUCUACGACGCUAACCAUGAAAUCCUCAGGGCACUUAGAGACACAGACCUCCAAGUCUCGAUAAUGGUUCCAAACGAAAUCAUCAACAACAUCUCUUCGAACCAAAGACUCGCCGACGAAUGGGUUCAUACCAAUGUGGUUCCGUUUUAUCCAGAGACAAAGAUCAGGUACCUUCUGGUUGGGAACGAAAUCCUCAGCGCACCCGAUAACAAAACCUGGUUCAAUCUCGUCCCAGCCAUGCGCAGAAUCAAGUAUGCUCUUCGAACCCAUCGAAUUCAGAAGGUCAAGGUCGGCACAACCUCGGCAAUGGACGUUCUCGAAUCGUCUUUCCCACCAUCGAACGGUACGUUUCGGGCCGAUAUUUCUCGGACCGUGAUUAAGCCCAUGCUUCAAUUCCUGAACCGGACCAAGUCGUUCUUCUUCCUGGAUGUGUAUCCUUUUUUCCCUUGGGCUUCGGAUCCCGUUAACAUUAAUCUGGAUUACGCUCUGUUCGAGUCCAAGAAUAUCACGGUGACCGACCCAAACACCGGGAUAACAUAUACCAAUCUCUUCGACCAGAUGGUGGACGCUGUGAUUUUCGCGAUGAAGAGGCUCGGGUACCCGGAUGUCCGGGUUUGGAUUGCCGAAACGGGUUGGCCAAACGGUGGAGAUGUUGACCAGAUUGGAGCGAAUAUUUACAACGCUGCCACUUACAACCGUAAUGUGGUCAAGAAAUUCUCGGCCAAACCGCCCGUUGGCACGCCGGCUCGACCCGGUUCGGUGCUCCCGUCGUUCAUAUUCGCUCUGUACAACGAGAACCUAAAACCGGGUCAGGGUACGGAGCGGCAUUUCGGGCUGUUGUACCCGAACGGAACGCAGGUUUACCAGAUAGAUCUGAGCGGAGAGACGCCGGAAUCGGAGUACAAGCCGUUGCCGCCGUCGGAGAAUAACAAGCCGUAUAAAGGGAAGGUGUGGUGCGUGGUGGCGGAAGGAGCCAAUAGUAGUGCUGUGGGGUCGGCGUUAUCGUAUGCCUGCUCGCAGGGGAACAAAACCUGUGACCCAAUUCAACCGGGUGGCAAGUGCUUUAAGCCGAAUUCGCUGGUCCUGCACGCCAGUUUCGCGUUUAGUUCGUAUUGGGCCCAGCUUAGAAAAGUGGGCGGGACUUGUUACUUCAAUGGGCUCGCUACUCAAACCAUUCAGGAUCCAAGUUUUGGAUCGUGCAAGUUUCCAAGUGUGACGCUAUGAGAAAGAGUAUUUAAGCCAUUGUUUUGUUUUUUUUUUUUUUUUAUGGCUUAGAAAUGUUUUUUUUUUUUUUUUUUUUUUUUUUUUUUUCUAUUA